AUGUGGAACUAUUUCUUUGGAGGAGGAGGGAGUUCAUCCCUAGAUGAUUCUAGCAGAUCAAAUAAGAAAGAUCUCCCCAAGAAGGCUAUUGUUGAAUUAAGAGAACAUAUCAAUCUUUUGACUAAGAAGCAAAAUCAUUUACAAACACAGAUCGAUAAUCAAACCACUCAAAUCAAAGCGUAUUUGAAUAAAGGUCAAAAACUACAGGCUAAGAAUUCAUUAAAAAGACGUAAGAUUUUUGAAAAUCAAUUGGAGAAAUUAAAUGGACAAAUCGAUUCACUUGAACAACAAUUAUUCUCCAUUGAAAGUGCGAACUUGAACCUUGAAACUAUGAGAGCUAUGAAACAAGGGGCCAACGCUAUGAAAUCUAUUCAUAAAGGCAUGGACAUUGAUAAAGUUGAUGACACGAUGGAUGAUAUUAGAGAACAAGUUGAACUAGGAGAAGAAAUUAGUGAUGCUAUAUCAAGACCAUUGUUUACCAAUGGCUUAUCAAACGAUCUCAUUGAUGAAGAUGAAUUAGAUAAUGAGUUAGAAGCAUUAGCUGAAGAUACUACUCAUGAAGAAGCUUUAAAGACAACACAAGAAGUAAAUACUCCUAAAUUGGCAAAGACAAAAGCUCAGGAAUUGCCAAAUAUACCUUCUAAUAAGAUAAAAGAUUCACAAAUUGCUCAAAAUCCAGUCGCUGUUGACGAAGAGGAAGAUGAUGAAGAUGAAAGAGCUUUAAGAGAAUUACAAGCGGAAAUGGGUCUAUGA